GCCGGGCCCGCUCCUCUGCGCUCGCCAGUGUCCGGCCGCUGGCCGGCCUUCGUGACUUGGGGCGGCGGGCCCCGGGCCGCGGCGUGGCGCGGGUGAGGACGCCGCCGCGGGCUGCUUUCGUCAGCCCCGGGAGCUCGCCCGGAGCGGGCCGCCAUCACCCGCGGGCUGCCGCGGGGCCCCCUCGCCGCUCCCGCCGGCGAGCAAGCGAAUCCAGUUCCUUUCAGUGCGCACCCGGUCCAGCCCCAGCAUUCAGGGAGUCGUCAGUCCUUCCCGGGAGCUGACUGCACACAUUCCUAUGAUGUGCGAGGUGAUGCCCACCAUCAGUGAAGCAGAAGGCCCCCCAGGAGGAAGUGGGAGCCACGGGACCGGCUCCCCUUCUCAGCCCGAUGCCGAUUCCCACUUUGAACAGCUCAUGGUCUCCAUGCUAGAAGAAAGGGACCGUCUUCUCGACACACUGAGAGAGACUCAAGAAACGUUGGCAUUGACCCAGGGGAAAUUACAUGAGGUUGGUCACGAAAGAGACUCCUUGCAGAGACAGCUCAAUACCGCACUCCCACAGGAGUUUGCAGCGCUCACAAAAGAACUCAAUGUGUGCAGGGAGCAGCUUCUUGAGAGGGAAGAGGAAAUUGCUGAGCUGAAAGCAGAAAGGAACAACACCCGAUUGCUUUUGGAGCAUUUGGAGUGCCUUGUCUCCAGGCAUGAGCGCUCUCUCAGGAUGACAGUGGUGAAGAGACAGGCACAGUCCCCUGCAGGCGUGUCCAGUGAGGUAGAAGUGCUCAAAGCGCUGAAGUCGUUAUUUGAACACCACAAAGCCCUGGAUGAAAAGGUGCGAGAGCGGUUGCGAGUUGCGCUGGAGAGGUGCAGCUUGUUAGAAGAAGAACUGGGUGCUACACACAAGGAGUUAAUGAUUCUUAAAGAACAGAAUAAUCAGAAAAAAACACUAACAGAUGGAGUGCUUGACAUAGACCAUGAGCAAGAAAAUUCACCAAGCACGAAUGGCAAGAGAUCUUCUGAUGGCUCCUUAAGCCAUGAGGAAGACCUGGCUAAAGUAAUUGAGCUCCAAGAAGUCAUAGACAAGCAGUCGAGAGAGCAGAGCCAGAUGAAGGAGCGCCUGGCUGCCCUCUCCAGUCAUGUGGCAGAGCUGGAAGAAGACCUGGACACGGCUCGAAAGGAUCUCAUCAAGUCUGAAGAAAUGAACACAAAGCUGCAACGGGACGUCCGUGAAGCAAUGGCCCAAAAGGAGGACAUGGAAGAGAGAAUCACUACCCUUGAAAAGCGCUACCUCGCUGCACAGCGCGAAGCCACGUCUGUGCAUGACCUCAACGACAAACUUGAAAAUGAAAUAGCAAAUAAGGACUCUAUGCAUCGGCAGACGGAGGAUAAAAACCGCCAGUUACAGGAACGCCUAGAACUGGCGGAGCAGAAGCUACAGCAGACCCUGCGGAAGGCUGAGACGCUGCCAGAGGUAGAGGCUGAGCUGGCCCAGAGGGUAGCUGCGCUCUCCAAGUCUGAUCCUUUGUCUUCUGGGAACUCUGCUGCUAAGGAAGCUAAACUGUUGGAACUUACUUCCAAGCUUAGGAAGGCCGAAGAGAGACAUGGCAACAUUGAAGAGAGGCUACGACAGAUGGAGGCACAGCUGGAGGAGAAGAAUCAAGAGCUGCAGCGGGCCAGGCAGAGAGAAAAGAUGAAUGAAGAGCACAAUAAACGUUUAUCAGACACUGUGGACAAGCUUCUCUCAGAGUCCAACGAAAGGCUUCAACUCCAUCUGAAGGAGAGGAUGGCUGCUCUGGAAGACAAGAAUUCUCUGUUACGAGAAGUUGAAAAUGCAAAGAAGCAAUUAGAAGAAACGCAACACGAUAAGGACCAGCUUGUCCUAAACAUUGAAACACUGAGGGCUGAGCUAGACCAGAUGAGACUGAGAGGUGCUUCACUUCAUCAUGGCCGACCCCACCUGGGCAGUGUCCCAGAUUUCAGGUUCCCUGUGGCAGAUGGGCACACAGAUGCCUACAGCACCAGCACAGUCUUGCGGCGCCCCCAGAAAGGCCGGCUGGCAGCGCUGCGGGAUGAGCCCUCCAAGGUACAGACUCUCAACGAGCAGGACUGGGAGCGGGCCCAGCAAGCCAGUGUCCUGGCAAAUGUGGCACAGGCAUUUGAGAGUGAUAUGGACGUGUCUGACGGUGAAGACGACAGGGACACUCUGCUCAGCUCUGUUGAUCUGCUGUCACCCAGCGGGCAGGCCGAUGCACAGACACUGGCCAUGAUGCUUCAGGAGCAGCUGGAUGCCAUCAACAAGGAGAUCAGGUUGAUACAAGAAGAAAAGGAGAACACAGAGCAGCGGGCAGAGGAGAUUGAGAGUAGAGUUGGCAGUGGAAGUUUAGACAAUCUUGGUCGUUUUAGAUCAAUGAGCUCCAUCCCCCCCUACCCUGCCUCCUCGCUUGCUGGCUCCUCCCCUCCAGGCAGCGGUCGCUCCACCCCCAGAAGAAUCCCUCACAGCCCUGCUCGGGAGGUGGACAGAUUGGGUGUCAUGACCUUGUUGCCAGCUUCCAGUGAAGAGGUACGAGAUGACAAGACAACAAUAAAAUGUGAAACCUCGCCCCCCUCCUCCCCAAGGUCCCUGCGGUUAGACAGGCUACACAAAGGCGCGUUGCAUACAGUUAGCCAUGAGGACAUCAGGGAUCUGAGAAACUCGACGGGCUCCCAGGAUGGUCCAGCCAGCAAUCCCAGCAGCAGCAACAGUAGCCAGGACUCACUCCAUAAGGCCCCAAAGAAGAAGGGUAUCAAGUCCUCUAUUGGCCGCUUGUUUGGCAAGAAGGAAAAGGGCCGGCCUGGACAAAUCGGCAAAGAUCCAUUGGGGCAAGCUGGUAUUUCUGAGACAGAAAACUCAUCUCAAGAUGCCUUGGGACUCAGCAAAUUGGGAGGACAAGCUGAGAAAAAUCGUAAACUUCAGAAAAAACAUGAGCUGCUGGAGGAAGCCCGGAGGCAAGGCUUGCCGUUUGCGCAGUGGGAUGGACCCACAGUGGUUGUGUGGCUAGAGCUCUGGGUGGGGAUGCCCGCCUGGUACGUGGCCGCCUGCCGAGCAAACGUGAAAAGCGGAGCCAUCAUGUCAGCCCUGUCUGACACCGAGAUCCAGCGGGAGAUCGGCAUCAGCAACCCCCUGCACAGGCUCAAGCUGCGGCUGGCCAUCCAGGAGAUCAUGUCCCUGACCAGCCCCUCAGCCCCGCCCACGUCGAGGACGACCACAGGAAAUGUCUGGUUAACACACGAAGAGAUGGAAACGCUUGCAGCCACACCACAAACGACACUUGCAUAUGGGGACAUGAACCACGAGUGGAUCGGCAACGAGUGGUUGCCCAGCCUGGGCCUCCCUCAGUACCGCAGCUACUUCAUGGAGUGCCUUGUGGAUGCUAGGAUGCUGGACCAUCUGACCAAGAAAGACCUGCGGGGGCAGCUGAAAAUGGUUGACAGUUUCCACAGAAACAGUUUCCAGUGUGGUAUUAUGUGCCUGAGAAGGUUAAAUUAUGACCGCAAAGAACUGCAAAGAAGAAGAGAAGAAAGCCAGAAUGAGCUAAAAGAUGUACUUGUUUGGAGCAACGACCGAGUGAUCCGCUGGACCCUCUCAAUUGGCCUCAAAGAGUAUGCAAACAACCUCACAGAGAGCGGCGUCCAUGGCGCACUCCUGGCGUUAGACGAAACCUUCGACUUCAGUGCACUGGCCCUGUUGCUACAGAUCCCAACACAGAACACACAGGCUCGAGCUGUCUUGGAAAGAGAGUUCAACAACCUUUUGGUCAUGGGGACUGACAGAAGGUUUGAUGAGGAUGAUGAUAAAAGCUUUAGGAGAGCACCGUCAUGGAGGAAAAAGUUUAGACCAAAGGACAUUCGGGGCCUAGCAGCCGGAUCCGCAGAGACGCUCCCCGCCAACUUCCGGGUCACUUCCUCCAUGUCCUCACCCUCUAUGCAACCAAAGAAGAUGCAGAUGGACGGCAGUGUAUCAGGAACGCAGAGGUUGGAUUCUGCUACAGUCAGGACUUACUCCUGCUAGAGCCUCCUGUUGUUUACCCUCACUACUUCUACAGAUGACUACACAGCAUUCUGAAUCCAGCAGAGACCACAUUCUAGAUCCAAUGGAGUCUUCGAUCCGUUAAUUCUUGUUAUAUGGACACUAAGAUAUUUUAUUACAGAGUUUUUAAAUUAGUGAAAAAUCCAUGAACACCAUAGAGAAAGUAUUUUAGAAUUUAAUGUUCUUCUAUUUAUGUAAGCUUACGGCUUCAUUUAUAUAGUUACCUACUUUUUCAUGUAUAUCCAGGCUAUAAAUAUCCUUUUGAAUCAACUCAUGUUCUUAUACCUAAUUUUAGUCCUUGAAAUGAAUGUACUGUAAUGCUUGUAUGUAUAAAAUCCUAUGAACGAAUUAGGGCUUUUGUAAAUUAUGCAUUUAUUGUAAUUAUCACUGUUUAAUUUUGUAAUGAAAAAACCAUGACAGAGGAAAGGAUUUACUACAUUUAUAAAAUCAUCGUGACCCAGCAAUGUGCAUUACCCUCUACCCAGCUGUACAACAAUCAUUUUGAAACAAGCCGACUUAAUUUCAAGCAAUUGUUGAUGUGUUUUAAAUGACUGACCUUAACUACACUUUUUCUAGCAAGAAAUCUCCGCUUCUGACAGGAUGGGCGAGUGGCUGUCAGAACAUGGGGACCACCCCUUAGCACUGGCUUGCCUUCCCUAGCUCAGCCUCUGGAUUUGGGUCACUUGCUUCAGAGACUGACCAGAAGCCAUGAGCUGGGAGCUGCACUCUCAGCAGUGUUGGGGUGACCCUGCCUGUCUGGGAACCCCAACCCUGGGCGGGGGGCGCAGUUGGAAAGCCUCCCUCCCCCGCCACUCCUGGAGGACCAAUCACAGGCAGGAGACCCUGGAGUGACAUAACUCUGAUAAAGGCCUUAUUUUUCUUACGUAAAUCAUCCUUUUGCAUAGUUUGUAAACACAUUGGAAGAAUGAACCUAGCCAUAGAUGUUUAGAUUUUGAUGGGGGAGCCAUUUUGGAUUAUAUGAGUAGCAAAUGUAACCUUUACUUUUGGCUGGCAGGAAAGGAGCGAUGGAGGCGCGUCGUUUAUCCUGCCUGCUGUGUGGCUGGAGGCAGCAUGUCUUCAUAUGUGCAUCUGCUUUUAGUUCCCUUGUACAACUCACCGUCCCGUUUGUUCUCUACUGAUCUUUUGUGAGCUUCCUGACUCUGUAACAAAGUUUGUACAGUCUACUUUUCAACUAUUUUUAUCACAGUAUUAUUUAUUGCUUUCUUUCAAUAAAGUACUGAAGCAUUUCCACUGCUGGUCAAGAGUGCUGAGCACAGGCUGGGAUGGUACCGGAAAUUGGCCGCAGCCUUCCUUCUGCUCACCCCGAGCCCCGAAAUCGUUGUCACCGUCUGGAAGUUACCAGUG